AUGUUCAUCGAUCCCCAGUUGGAAUUAUUGGCACUGUUAUUCCAAAUGCUGGAACCAAAACUCGUGCUUCUUGCGCGCGAGAGAUCAAACCCAAGAUGCGGAGGCGGGUCCUGUGGUGAGUCGGCGGUUCCAAUUCGGUCGAUGCUCGAUCCGUUAGACCUGAUGUGCCGCUGGCUGUUGAUGGAUCCAAAAAACUUGGAAGAGUCCCGCAUGCUGGGCGACGUAGACAUCCCAGGAACAAGUCCGUUCGGGAAUACCUGGUCGUCGGUCGUACCCGGAAUGAUUGGAUUCACUGUUGUUGGAAGCCCAAACAUCAUGUUGUCGUUGUAG